CGGAGGGGGAGGGGGAGGGGCUGAGCUGAGCUGAGGCUCCGGGUCGCGCUGAUGCCUCGCGAGUCGCCCCUCGAGCUGCUGCUUAUUUUCGGCGCCGCCACGGCCGCCCUGUACCUGCUGUCCUGCAGUCUGCCCGUCAGCCAAUCCGACUCCGACUCCGCCAGAACACUCAGCUUUCCGUCUGACCUGGAGGAGCUGCGGGUCAUCGCUGGGCAGCUACACUCAUACAAAGAUCAGCACCCGGGCUAUGUCCUGCUCCUGUACUGUAGUGCCUAUCUCUACAAACAGACCUUCGCCAUCCCGGGCUCCUCCCUACUUAACAUACUGGCCGGGGCCUUGUUCGGACCGUGGCUGGGUCUCGCUUUGUGUUGCAACCUGACAGCGAUAGGGGCCACUUUCUGCUUCCUACUCUCCAAAACCUAUGGCAAGCAAUAUAUGGUGCAACGCUUCCCAGAGAGAGUCUCGAUGCUGCAGCAGAGAGUGGAGGAGAAUCGCAGCUGUCUAUUUUUCUUCCUUCUCUUCCUGAGGUUUUUCCCGAUGACUCCAAACUGGUUCCUUAACAUCACCUCCCCAAUUCUCAACAUCCCACUCCCACAGUUCUUCUUCUCCGUCGUCAUUGGGCAGGUCACUAUCUGCAGGGACAGGAGCCGGUGGUUGGCUGCUAAGGAUGCAGUUGGUCUCCUUCCCUAUAACUUUAUCUGUGUGCAGGCUGGCUGCAUCCUGUCUGAGAUCUCCUCGCUGGAUAACCUCCUAUCCUGGUCCAUCCUCUUGAAGCUCUUGGGCAUUGCCUUUGUGGCCCUGGUACCUGGAGCUCUGAUCAGACAUUAUAGCCAGUGGCACCUGAGACUAGACGCUAAGGUUAAAAAUAGCCAUUCAGACGCUGACAGCAAACAGAGAUGACAGAGGUCAGGCUCUAGUAUUUCGGAUGUUGGAUGAAUAUAGUUGUUUGAGAAAUUUGCAAUGAUGUUGUGUUAUGCAAUUGUGUUUGGCUGAUCAGAGCUGAGAAGGGUAUGGAGCCAUAACUGACUGACUCACGUGUUUCUCACCCUCUGCACUGCGUUUGCUUGUCCGUUUCACACUAAGUGUUGUUGAAUGUUUAAACCUUUUCUUCCUGGGCAAAACAAAGCCCAGUGCCCCCUCUGGGUAUUGAUUACUGAAAUUUAUAUCUUCGCAUUGUUUAAAGUCAGAGAUCAAGGAAGGGUUGAUAGCUAUGAGGCUGGUCACUGCCAGUGUUAAAGCAUGGUGCCCAGCUUGGUAUAAAGUCAUGGAACAACACUCCCUGAGCCACUGGCACACCACACAUUGUACACAUGGUGUCUCCAAUUGAGAAGACUAUUUGUGACUCCAGCACUUGCUUUUGAGUGAGAGGAUCACUGCUUCAAGGUUAUGAUUGGGGGUAAGUGUAAUGUGCCCUGCCUCAAGAACAAAUUUUUGACCACACAAUGUCCACGACUUGACACAAGAUUGUCAGUCAGACCUAUGAAGGUCUUGUGACCUCACUUAGUGUCACACUGACAACUGUCAUGCACUGUUGUGAGUUACACUGUUCACACUGAAUAUUGUAUUUCAGUGGCAGCCCAGCAUCCUGUUUGCCUUGUUUAUUGCUGCUGCACACUGUUUUGACUAAGUGACAGAUGAGAUAAGUCACGCUUGUAUCCUGUGGGGGCAUCGGUGCAUCCGGCCCGUUGGAAGGUUUCACCCGGUCCAAUACGAUUUCCAACUUACACUGCCCGCUCCCUCCCUUCCUGGUGAACGUCCUCUCAUGGCAGCGGCAGGAACCAAAGUUGGUGGGGGGCUCAGCGCGUGGAGUGGAAAUAAUGCCGGCCGUUAAUGCGGCU